GCCAGCAUGCCCCAGAUCCUCCCCGCAGAGCUCAGCAGUGAACCAUAACUCUGUGGGCAGCACUGGAUUUUUGAAAGAUAAGAGAUCUGACCUUGGAAGAGAGCACCCCAAAGGAUGUGAUCAAGGUGGCUCCAUGGGACGCCAAGGUCGGAUCAAACACGUAGAGUUUCAAGGAGUAGAGGUACUGUGGACAGGAGGAGAGAAGAGAGAGACCCGGCAUCCUGGAGGCUUUGAGACAUCACAGGAAAGGACAGCCUCUCCUGAGAGCAGAGAGUUUGCCAAAGUGCCAAGCCGUCACAUCUCAGCUGCUGACUCGUGCAGUAAUUCCGUUAAUUUAAGUGGGAGUGUUUGGGAUGAAACCUGGAAAGCGUCUUCAGGGAGGUCUGGCCCUAGCUCAGGGACAUUGUCCCCUGUGCCUCUGGGUGAGACUGGAGAGGAUGAAGUCUUCCUGAGGGAAAGCAAAGAAUACUUUGAGAAGAACCCUGAAAUACAGGGAGAUGAGGAAAGGAUCCUUGAGCAAGAAGAGCACCUUCGGGGAGGAGAUGAUGAUGUCCUCGGGCAUGGAUAUAUGGAGGACUCCACUGAUGUGUACAGCUCCCAGUUUGAAACCAUUUUGGACAACACUUCUCUAUACUACAGUGCAGAGUCAUUGGAGACGCUGUACUCGGAGCCUGAUAGCUACUUUAGCUUUGAAAUGCCCCUUACUCCAAUGAUACAGCAGCGCAUUAAAGAAGGCGGUCAGUUCCUGGAGAGGACCUCUGCGGGAGGACAUCAGGAUGUCCUGAGUGUCUCAGCAGAUGGCAAUGGUGGGAUUGUGAUGGGCUAUUCAAAUGGGCUGAAUGAUUCCAGCAGCUCCAUCUACAUGAAAGGCCCUCAAGAGACUGCUUUCUGGGGAAGGUACUAGGCUACUCUCCUUAAUUUCAUGGUGGUAUUUCUAUAGUAUUCUGUCCUUAUGAAAUCUACGUGUGGAAUACAUUUUAAGUGAAUUUUCCUAGUUUCUGUGGAUGUAGGCAGAUGAUUUGAGUAAAUGGUAAUUUGGGAUUUAAGAGAAGGCAAAGUAUACCUUAGUGGUUUGCCAAAUUGGUGAGCUGUGGACAUUUCCUGUGUUAACUGUAUAAGAGUAGCUACUGGACAUAGUGAUGAUACAGCUCUGGAGACAGUGGCUAGUGCCCAUCAACAGAGCUUUAGUCUGACGUUGGCAGGUUGUAUGAUUAGCCCAGAGAGUCCUUGAUUGUAAAUGGAGGUGUUGGUUGGGAAGUUUCCAGUGUCUUCUACCCCUAUCACCUAGGUACUCUUCUGCCUGGCUGUCUUCUUGUUUCUGAGAUUUCAAGGAAGGAUCUGAUAUGGGUGCUUGGUGGAUAGGAUGGAAGCUGACAAGACUUGACAAGGCUAUAAGUAUUUAUUUUCUCUAUUUUAACAUUUAGGUCCAUCUUAGAGCUAACAUGGCAAAUUGUGUAUGGUACACAUUCCACAGCUGUCAUUUGGGGUGCCUUGUCUACGUAUGGAUUAUCCAGCCGUCUGUCUCUUCUUGCUUGUCAUCUUAGUUCAUCUGCCUGCCAUUUUGCAACUUUAUCAGUGGGUAGGGAAUGCUAAAUCAUCUGUUUUAUGAAUUUAGUUUUGGUAUUUUUUCUUCCCUGUGUGUCUGUGUCUGGAGGUGAUGGUGGAGGGAAAGUUAAAUGAGGGUAAAGUAUUUUAAAGCUGCAUAAAAAUGUCAGUGCUUUACUUUUUAGAAGUCUGUUGAUAUUAUAGGUUUCUAGUAAACAUCUCUUUUUCAACAGUCUGUCCUGUGCUGACAUUUUCUGUGACUACAAUAGGUUUAUAGUUCUGGGGAGGAGAAGAUUCAAAACUGGC